AUGCCAUGGUCAAACUGUGAUCAGAAGCUCGAGGUUGUAGUUGAUUACGAACAUCAAAUUGCACUAUCGUCAAGAUGGGACAUAAACCACCCUGAGCACAUCAAAGCACAGUCGCGCAUUACUCAUCGUCUUUUCCACAAGGCAGUGGAUGACGUCGAAUGUCUUGUCGUCAUGCGACUGCUGGAGUUGACGAAGUUACAAAUGGGUGGUCUAGGUUAUAAACUUCGCACCCAGAUCUCCAAUGCCCUGAAAAGUCGUGCCAAUGCCAUUCGAAACGCACUUAAUCACUACAAUAAAUAUGCCACUCAGCUCAACCCUCCUCGCCCUGCAUUGCAAUGGGAACAAAUAGUCAAGUACUCAUUUCUUGCUGAGUUUGACCUACUACGUGAAACCGACGGCGAGAUGCAGUCCAAGCGCUGGGCAAACCCAUCUUACCGUCAUGCCUCCACCCAAUUCAUUGAGCAGCACCGUGCUAAUGAAGAAAUCUGCAGGCUCAAUGUUGAAGUUGGACACUUGCUCACGAAAGUCCAGGAUGACGGCAUUGAUUACCCUCAAGCAAUUAUACGGCUGCAGUCUGAUAACCCACCCCUUGCAGCUGAACUGCAACGAUGCUGGAUGCAUCUGCGAUCAGUAAAUACACGUCACCUGUGGCGCAUUGAGCAGAUCAUGGAGCUACCAGGGUAUAAUGGGCCAGUGGGACCUGGCACUCGCAAAGGUCGGACUGAGGUAGCAUCACCGCCUCCUCCACAUCAAUUACCGCAAGAUCAGGAUGACAUAGGCGAAGGUGACACAGAUGAGGAAGCAUUCAGGCAGUUGGAAGAUGUGCAUACUUACUUCGAGGGACUCGAUCACCAUUGCGUGGACUUAGAAUAG